AUGGGCGUCGACAAAUAUACCCUCGGGGUGGCCCUUUUCGCCAGUUUGGGCACCUUUCUGUAUGGAUAUGAUACCGGCAUUGUCACCACAACUAUUGCGCACAAAAGCUGGGUUGAAUACAUGCACAAUCCCAAUCCCGCCCUCGUCGGUGCUGUCGGUGCAAUCUAUAUUGGUGGUGAGGCCGUGGGUGCGCUCAUUCAGAUUGCCCUCGCGGACAGACUCGGUCGGCUUCGUUUCAUGGAGCUCCUUUGUGUGAUUGUCACAAUUGGGUGCACUCUGCAGACGGCUGCAGUUAAUCUCGGCAUGCUGCUGGCCGGAAGAAUUCUCACGGGAAUUGCUGUUGGGUCCUUGUCCGCAACGGUUCCUGUCUACCUGUCUGAAAUCAGCGACCCGCGACACCGAGGAUUCAUCGGCGGCCUCUCUGGCGUUAAUUUGUCGUGUGGUAUCAUGGUGGCCAACUGGGUCGGCUUUGCCUGCAACUAUGCUCCCUUCGGUCAGGUCCAAUGGCGUCUUCCACUGGCUCUGCAGCUUCCUUGGGGCAUCAUCAUGUUUAUUGGUUUGGUUACCUUCAUGCCAAACUCGCCACGUCAUCUUCUACAAAAGGGUCAAGUCGAAGAAGCACGCAAAGCCUUCAUCAGAUUCCGCCACGACCUACAGUCACAGGAGGUGCAACAAGAGUUUGCCCUAAUGAAAACCCAGAUCGCCUUUGAGCAGGAGCAACGCAGCCCGUCCUUGAUGUCCGCCUUCAAGCGGUACCGACAUCGCGUUCUCGUAUCUAUUUCAGUACAGAUCCUGACCGCCAUUACUGGCGUCAAUGUGAUCCAGCAUGUAGCGACGCUUUAUAAGUCUCUUAGUAUCGAGAGCAAGACUGUCCUGGCGCUGACAGCUGUCUGGGGAACAUGCGCAUUUCUGUUCAGCGCCAUUUCUAUCCCCUUCCUUCCCGAUCGUCUGGGCAGGCGGAAGAUGCUGCUGAUUGGUGUCGUCUGGGUCGUCGUGACCGAGAUAUAUGCCGCUGUCAUGCAACGCGAAUUCCAACACACCAACAAUCGUGUCGGCAAGGGGUUUGCGAUCCUUGGCAUCUACAUUUUUACCGUUGGUUAUUACAGCUUGAUCAACCCUGUAACCUGGCUCUAUGGUGCCGAAGUUCUCCCGGUGGCCCUCCGAAACAAAUUCAUGGGUCUUGCCGCUUUUGCGCAUUAUGCUGUCAAUGUUAGCAUCACCGAAGCUGGUCCGAGUGCCUUCAAGAAUAUCGGGGAGAACUACUACUACGUUUUCGUGGGCUGCUGUACUGUCUACCUUUUCAUCAUCUACUUUUUCUAUCCGGAAACCAAGCAGCAAUCUCUCGAAGAGAUUGCGGCAGCAUUUGGAGAUGAGGUCGUUGAAGUGGCUGUCCAAGAGAAUGUUCUGACCAAAGAUUUGGCGUUCGAUAACAAAGCUGAGAUCACGCACGCCGAGGAUAAAAUUUGA